AUGUCCAUUGCCACCGCCAUCUCGGUGCUCAUCGCAGCCUUCGUCAUCGCCGGUGCCCUCCUCGAUGUCGAGUUCAACCAGACGAGCAAGCGCCUCUUCCCGCGCCGCUUUCGGUGGCGCCGCCUCGCCAAUUGGUUCCCGCUCGGUAUCGCCUAUGCUGCCUUUUACAUGGCGCGCUACAACAUUGCGGCUGGCAACAUCGAGUCAAUCCGUUCGCAGCUGCACAUGACUGCGACCGACAUGGGCUGGAUCAUUUCGUCCGGGUCGUGGGCAUACGCCAUCAGCGCGCCGCUGACCGGUGCGAUCACCGACCGCCUCGGCGGCCAGCAAGGGAUGCUCAUUGCGUGCGUCGGGGCGGGCCUCUGCAACUUGGUGCUUGCGUUUGAGUUUAUGUUCUUUUACGCGGCCAACGUGCUCUUCCAAGGCUUUGGCACGAGCGCGGUCGUCAAGAUCAACGCCAUGUGGUAUGCGCCGAGCGAACGCGGCCUCUUCUCGGGCAUUUUCAACAUUUUGAUUGUGAGCGGGUACUACCUCGCGCUCGGGUCGGGCGACUAUAUCGUCUCGAACCUCGGCUGGCCGUACCUCUUUUACAUUCCGAGCAGCAUCAUGCUUGCGAUGAGCGUCUUUAUCCUCUUCUUCAUCCGCAACACACCGCCGACCGAUGCGACCGUGGUUCACGUCCCCGCGCCGCCCAUGUGCCAGAAGAACCAGUCGGGCUUUGCGCGGCUUCUUCAAAACAAGACCGUGUGGGGCUACCUCGGCGCGGUCUUUUGUCUCUCGUGGGCCCGCGACGGUCUCCUCAACUGGAUGUACUCGUACUUUGAUGCGGUGCGCGCGUCGCCGUUAUCACCGAGUGACCAUGCGCUCCUUGGUGGUGCGUGGACGCUCGGCGGCUUUGUCGGCGGUGUCCUCUGCGGCUGGAUCUCGGACCACAUCUUCCGCGGCCAGCGCAUGCCGCCGAUCGUGCUCUUCUCGGCCAUGCAAGGCAUUCUCUUUGUCGCGUUGUACGUCUCUGGCCCGACCGUCUCGAUCGAAGCGCUUGCGACGAUCCUCUUUUGCGUCAGCGUCUUCCUCCUCGGCAACUACACGCUGCUCAGUUAUACGGUGCCGACGGACCUUCCCGUGGACAUUGCGGCGAGUGCCGCGGGCCUCUUUACGGCGGUGGGUUACUUUGCUACCGGCCUCUCGGGCGUCGUCAUGGGCUCGUUUAUCACCAAGUACGGCUACACGUUCUGGAUCGUCUCGCUCACGCUCACGUCAUGCGCGACCGCGCUCUGCACGAUCCUCGGGUCGCGCUGGGCCCACUCGGAAGAGCUCCAGGAGGCUGCGAUCCACGAAGCCACGCCGCUCUCGGUCAAGCAAGGCCGGACGCGCUCGUACCGCGCGUCGCUUGUCCGCAUCGAAGCCGAGUUCUUUGCUGUGCCCGCCGAAGACGUCGAGGAUGAGAAGCACGAGAGUGACGACGAUGUGCACGAAGGCACGGUCUAA